UGAUCAAGUUCAAGAAUCAAAGUACAAGAUAAAGACAGACAUAAUAACCUACAUAUACUCUGUCAUUAUUUAUCAUUAUAAAUUAAACAAAGCAAGACAAAAAAAAAAUACAUAAAUAAUUGAUUCAAAUCCUCAUCGUUCCCAUGUUCAACGUAUUACGCAUGUCUAUAAAAUAAUAAUAAUAAACACUCGAAAUUCCAAGUAAUCAAACGAGUAACUAGAAACAGAGAAACACAGUGGAAAUAUAAAAAAAUAAAUAAAAAAAGUGGUCGUCAUCAUCAUUAUUAUCAUCAUCAUCAUCAUCCCUUGUUGUGUAUGUGUCAAUUUGUGUGUGUGUGUAUGUACACUUGACGUUGAUCUAAACUUGGAUUGAUAUAAUAAACAAUUGCACUAUAAGAAAACAUUAUGAUUUGAUUAUUAUUUAUAAUUUAUUAAUAAUAAUAAUAAUGUGAUUGUUAUUGUAAGUGAGUUUAAUAAAAAAAAUUAUGUGUGUUGAUUGGUUGAUGUAAAAUCAGGUGGAUUUGAUUAGCUCGACAGUCAACCGUUAAUGUUUUUUUAUUUAUAUAUUGUUUUUUUUUUCAAAUACAUUAUUUGUGUGUUUUGAAAAAAAAAAAAAAAAAAUAAUAAUAAAUUGUUUUAACAAUUAAUGAUACGUAAAGUAUUGCAGAGAUUGUGGGAUGUUGAGUGCCACGACUCCCACAAAACAACAAGAAUAUACCGAGAUGUCUCGGCUAGCAGAUUAUUUCGUGGUCGUUGGUUACGACCACGAUAAAGAGAAUGCUGGUAUGAGUAAUGGAAUGAUUGUACAACGUUUUCCGGAAAAAGAUUGGCCAGAUACACCCUUUAUUGAUGGAAUUGAAUGGUUUUGUCAGCCACAGGGAUGGGCUUUAUCAACUGAAAGACAAGAACCACGUUUUUUUGUAUCAGUAUUAACAGAUAUUGAUGCUAAUCGUCAUUAUUGUGCAUGUAUGUGUUUUAAUGAAACAGUAUCAAUAGUACCAAGUAAACCAGUUGAUGAAGGUGAAGAACCAGUUGAUGAUGAUAAUAAUCGUACAUUAGGAAGAUCAAUACCAUCAAUAACACAUCAUAGUAUAAUGUAUGCACCAAAAUGUCUUGUACUUGUAUCACGUCUUGAUUAUAUUGAAACAUUUCGUAAUUGUCUUGGUAUAAUAUAUACUGUUUAUAUUGAAAAUAUUGGUAUACCAUUAGAAACAUUAGUUGGUAAUAUACUUGGUUGUAUACAAGUACCACCAGCUGGUGGUCCACAAGUACGUUUUAGUAUUGGUGCUGGUGAUAGACAAGCAUUACAACCACCAAUAUCACCAUCAUUACCAAUAACAAAUACAAGUGUUUAUUUAUUAUUUCAACAAUUAGGUAUACGUAAUGUGCUGACAUUAUUUUGUGCUGUUAUGACUGAACAUAAAAUUUUAUUUCAUUCAUCAAGUUAUUCAAGAUUAACUGAAAGUUGUCGUGCAUUAACAGCAUUAAUGUAUCCAUUUCGUUAUACACAUGUUUAUAUACCAUUAUUACCAGCACCACUUGUUGAAGUAUUAAGUACACCAACACCAUUUAUAAUGGGUGUACAUAGUUCAUUAAAAUAUGAAGUUGCUGAAUCAAUGGAUGUUAUUGUUGCUGAUUUAGAUGGUGGUUCAAUAAUGGUACCAGAUGGUGUAUCAUUAUCAAUAUUAUCAGAACCAUUAUUAUCACAAACACAAGAUUCAUUAUCAAUGGUAUUACAACCAGAACUAUCAUCAGCUGAUUAUGCAUUUACACCAAAUAAUAAUCGUCAAAUUAAUUUAUCAAUUGUUGAUAAAGAAUUACGUGCUGUAUUUAUGCGUAUGUUUGCACAAUUAUUACAAGGUUAUCGUAGUUGUUUAACAUUAAUACGUAUACAUCCAAAACCAAUGAUAACAUUUCAUAAAGCAGCAUUUUUAGGUGAACGUUGUUUAAUUGAUUGUGAUUUUACAACACGUGUAUUAGAUUGUAUGUUUUUUACAUCAUUUAUUGUUGAACGUGGUCCACCAUGGCGUCCAUGUGAUGUAUGGGAUGAAUUAUAUAAUAAUUUAAGUGAACAAUUAAAACAAGAAUCACAAAAUCCAAGUUGUAUAUUAACACAUAUACAAGAAUUAGCACAACAAUUAUAUAAUAAUGAAAAUCCAAAUCCUCAGCCAUAUGUACAAAAAAUAUUAAAACCACCAGAUGGUGCAUUUGCUAGAAUACAUCAACCACAAUUACCAUUAAUAAAUAGUCAACAAGUACAAGCAAUUAUUGAUGAAGGUUUAAAUAAAAAUAAUUUAAAAUUAACAUUAUCAUCAUUACGUCCAUUACAUCCAAGAAUAGUACCAUCUGGACCACACAUAUCAAUUGUACAUGAUACAAGAAAUUUAGUUAGUAAUUCAGCACGUAGACUUGAGGUAUUACGUAAUUGUGUUAAUUGUAUAUUUGAUAAUAAAAUAUCAGAUGCUAGAAAAACAUUUCCAGCUGUAUUACGUGCAUUAAAAAAUAAAACAGCACGUUUAGCAUUAUGUAUGGAACUAUCACAACAUGUUGUUGGUAAUAAAGCAAUACUUGAACAUCAACAAUUUGAUUUAGUUGUUAGAUUAAUGAAUUGUGCAUUACAAGAUGAUUCAUCAAUGGAUGAACAUGGUGUUGCUGCUGCAUUAUUACCACUUGCAACAGCAUUUUGUCGUAAAUUAUGUACUGGUGUUAUACAAUUUGCUUAUACAUGUAUACAAGAACAUGCUGUAUGGCAAAAUCAACAAUUUUGGGAAGAUGCAUUUUAUCAAGAUGUACAAAAAGAUAUAAAACGUUUUUAUUUAUAUAGUGAUAAAUUACGUACUAAUAAUAAUCAUCAUCAUAAUAAUAAUAGUCAUAAUAAUAGCCAUAAUAAUAAUAAUGAUAUUAGUCCAAUUAGUCCACGUGAAGGAAAAGAAUUUUUAUAUCGUAAUCAAGAACCAUCAGCAUUAGAAAUUGCUGCUGAACAAAUGCGUUUAUGGCCAUCAAUUGAUUCUGAUAAACAAAAAGAAUUUAUAACAAGUGAAGAAGGUACAAUGUAUAGUCAAGCAAUUCAUUAUGCAAAUAGAAUGGUUUAUCUUCUUGUACCAUUGGAUAUUAGUGCUAAAUCACAUAAACAAGAUCAUGUUGUUGAUGAUGAAAGAGCUAGUAAUAGUAUUACAAACAGCGAUGUUUUUGUUCCACGGAACAGCGUGGCAAGUGACAGUGGUGAUGCUGAAUCUGGUUUUGAAGAAACAGAUCCUGGUGAAACUGGUUGUGCUGUUAUUAGAAUGGUAUCACGUUUUGUUGAUCGUGUUUGUACUGAGGGUGGUGUAUCAGCUGAACAUGUUAGAAGUUUACAUCAAAUGGUACCUGGUGUUGUACACAUGCAUAUUGAAACACUUGAAGCUGUUUAUCGUGAAAGUAAAACAUUACCACCAAUACAAAAACCAAAAAUAUUGACACCAAAUAUGCUACCAGGUGAAGAAGUUAUAAUGGAUGGUUUAAGAGCUUGUUUACUUCAAGAUGGUAGAGAAGAAACAGCUGGAAUUUUACCACGUACACCACCAUUAUUACCAGCUGAAGGAGCAAUAUUUCUUACAAAUUAUCGUAUUGUAUUUAAGGGAAUACCAUUUGAUGCAUUUGCAUGUGAACAAAUGGUUGUACGUUCAUUUCCAGUUGCUUCAUUAACUAAAGAAAAACGUGUUGCUGUACAAAAUUUAACACAUUUAGAUCAAAUGCCAACUUAUAAUCAAGAGGGUCUUCAAUUACGUUCUUGUACAUUUCAAUUAAUUAAAUUAGCAUUUGAUGAAGAAGUUACACCAGAAAAUAUUGAUACAUUAAGAAAAUUACUUCAUAAAGCACGUUAUCCACCAGAUAUAUUUCAUCAUUUUGCAUUUACUGGACAAGUAUUAGUAACACCAAUAGCUCAUCAAAAAGGAAAAGAAAAAAAUGCAACAUUAAAAGGUUUUGCUAAAAAAACAUUUUUAAAAACAGCAAUUAGAGCUGGUUUUAAACCAAAACAAUCAUCAAAAAGACAAAAAUAUGUAUUACCAAAUAUGAAUUUAAAUAAUGAUAAUAAAUAUAUGACAUCACCAGGUAGAAUGAGUCUUCCAAUAACUGAUAAUACUGAUUUAAGUCAUGAUGAUGAUUUGAGUAUUGAUGAAUUUGAAGUUAGUGGUUUUGUUUCACAACAACCACCACCUCCACCACCACCAACUGAUGCAAAAACAUUAGAACGUUUAUCUGAACGUAGUUAUGUUAGAGAUUGGUAUAGAUUAGGUCUUUGUCCAAAUGGUCUUCAUGGUAAUAGAAAAAAUGAACAAUUUAGAUUAACAUCAGUUAAUUGUGCAUAUAUGACAUGUAGAACUUAUCCAGCUUUAUUAAUUGUACCAAGUUCUGUUAGUGAUGAAAGUAUUCGUCGUUUUUGUCGUUUAUAUCGUCACAGUAGAAUGCCAGUUGUUAGUUGGAGACAUCCACGUACAAAAGCAUUAUUAAUACGUGGUGCUGGAUGUCAUGGUAAAGGUGUUAUGGGAAUGCUUAAAACACAUCCAUCAUCAGCAAGUAAUUUAAAAACAACAAAUGAAACAACAUCAGCAUUAGAACUUGAAAAAUAUAUUAUGUCAUUAGUUGCUGCAACUCCAUUACCUGUACCACGACAAAGUUCAGUACCUGGUGGUAUGUCAGAUAGUUCAUUGAGUAUUGAUUCAUUACUUCUUGCUGCUGAAGAACGUAAUAAUGCAACACCUGAACAAUCAAGAAGAAAUCCAUUUAAUAAAGCAAUUGGUACAUUUGGCUCAUCAGCUGGUAAAGGAACAAGAAAUUUUGGACGUUGGGGAUCAUUAAAAGAUAAACGACAUAAUUCACAAGCAUCAUUAGCAUCAGUUAAUCAACAUAAUCGUGGAGGUUUAGGUGGUGUUAGUGCUAGUGGUGGUGGUGGUGGUGGUGGUAGUGGUGUAACUGUGAGACACUCGGCUGAUUCUGAUAGUGGUACUGAAUGUGUUCAUACAUUUCAAGGUGUUGCAUUAUAUAUUUUAGGUGAAAAAUCAAAUAUGCGAGGUAUUAAAACUGAACCAGCACCAAAAACAGAUUUUAUACCUGUUGAAUAUUUUGAUGUUAGACAUACUAAAACAUCAUUUAAAAAAUUAAUGAGAGCAUGUAUGCCAAGUGCACCAAAUGUUGAGCCUGAUCAAACAUUUUAUAAACUCAUUGAAAGUUCAGAAUGGUUACAACAAUUACAAAGUUUAAUGCAACUUUCUGGAGCAGUUAUUGAUUUAAUGGAUGUACAAGGUUCAUCUGUUGCUGUUUGUCUUGAAGAUGGAUGGGAUACAACAACAACAGUAUGCUCAAUUGCACAAGUUUGUUUAGAUCCUCAUUAUCGUACAAUUGAAGGUUUUCGUACACUUAUUGAAAAAGAAUGGCUUGGUUUUGGUCAUAGAUUUGGUCAUAGAAGUAAUCUUGAUGCAAAUUCACAAGCAACAAAUUUUACACCAACAUUUAUGCAAUUUUUAGAUAUUAUUCAUCAAAUACAAAAACAAUUUCCUCUUGCAUUUGAAUUUAAUGAUUAUUAUUUAAGAUUUUUAGCUUAUCAUUCUGUAUCAUGUAGAUUUAGAACAUUUUUAUUAGAUUGUGAAUUUGAUAGAGUUGAAUUUGGUAUAACAGCUGUUGAAGAUAAACGUGGAUCAUUAACAAGUCAUCAUAAAGGUGUUGAUACUGGUAGUGAUGAUGAAAUUGUUUAUCCAGGUGGUAGAUUAGCUGGUACACAUACUGGAACAAAUUUAGGACAAAGUAUAUUUGAUUAUAUUGAAAAAUAUCAUGCACGAUGUCCAUUAUUUUAUAAUUUUAUGUAUAUACCAAAUUCUGAACAUCCUGUAUUACGUCCAGUAUCACAUUUACCAAGUCUUGAUAUUUGGCAAUAUUAUUUAGAAGAAGAAUUAGCACAUGGACCAGCUUAUGAUCUUGAAAUAUUACAACAAGAUUUACAACAAAAAGAAGAAGCUGAAGCUGCUGAUGGUAUUGUUAAAAGUAAUCGUAAAAUUGUUAUACGUGGUUAUGAUAAUUGUGAUACAAUGGUACCUGAUCAAUUUACAAAUUUAUUGGAAGAAAUUCAUAAAUUAGAAACAGAAUUAGGUCAUUUACCACAAAAAUGGAAAGUAUUAUGGGAUAAACUUGAACUACCAAAUACUGAUUCAUUAGCAAGACAUGCAUCAUUUAGUACAGCACUUGUUAGACAUCAUGGACGUCUUAUUCAUAAACGUUCAACAUUAGAAUUAUUAUUAAAAGGUAAACUUGCUGGUGGUGGUGGUGGUAAUAAUAAUACAAGUGGUACUGAUAGUUCAUCAGUAUAUGCACAUCCACAUAGAUUUGAAAGACUUGAUUCAGCAACACCAACACAUUGUGAUGCUUGUUCUGGUGUUUUAUGGGGUCCAGUUAAAGCUGGUUUACGUUGUGUUGAUUGUGGACAUGUUUGUCAUGAUAAAUGUGCUGAUGCUGUACCUAAAAAUUGCACAAAAUACAAAGCUGUUGCUGAUAAUUUACAAUCACAUACAUUAACAAGAAGUGGUGGUGAUAAUGGAAGUGUCAAUUCAAGUAGUACAAUACAAACUUCAUCACAACAAUAUUAUGAACAAUUUUCUAGUAAUGUUGCUGAAAAUCGUACUCAUGAAGGUUAUUUGUACAAAAGAGGAGCAUUAUUAAAAGGAUGGAAACAACGCUGGUUCGUUCUUGAUUCAAUAAAACAUCAACUUAGAUAUUACGAUGCAAUGGAAGAUUCUCACUGCAAGGGUCAAAUUGAUCUUGCUGAGUUUGUUUCAGUAACACCAGCUUUACCAACACCGGGACCACCAAAGAAAACAGAUGAGAAAUCAUUUUUCGAUCUUCGUACACAGAGACGUAACUACAAUUUUUGUGCUGUUGAUGCAACAACUGCACAAGAAUGGAUAGAAAAAGUACAAGCUUGUUGUCUAUAAAUAAUUCCAUUAAAUACUCAUUUAUAUUACAAAAAUAUUUUAAAUUUUUGCAAGUGACUGAUAAAGUAAUUAACAAUGAAACAAUUUAAAAUAUAAUAAUAAUAAUUUUUGUUACAUAAUUAUUUGUACAGCCUAUAAAUGUGUACAAUAUUAUAUUAUUAAUUAUUUAAUCAAAUAACUAUUUAAUUAAUUAAUUAAUUUAACAAUCAAUAGUUGACAUAAUGAUAAACAUUUGAUAGACAAUUUAAUAACGCACCUUGAAAUAUCUUUUGAAUAUUUAUUACCACAAAUAUAAAAUGUAAAAAACAAUGAUAAUUAUUAUUUAAUGUAUUAUAAUUAUGUGUUAAAUGUCAAAAUAUUAUAUAGAAAAAGCUAUUUUUAUUUUAAAAACAACAACGACAACUGUAUCUAACAUACCAAGGCUAGACUGUUUUGUUUGUCAUAUUUUUUACUUGUGUAUUUUUUCUUUUUUUUCAAUGAUAAAUGUUACAAAAUAUAAUAAUAUUAGUAGAUCUAUAAAAAUGUCAGUAUAUAAUAAUAUUAAUUUUAAAUAAUGGUUAAUAAAUAUAUAUUAUUAAUUCGCGUUUGAGAUAUAAUGAAAAAAAAUUGUCGCUUUAAUAAUAUGGGCUAUACCUCAAAACGAAUUUAAAUGAAUAAUUUCAAGAUGUGUAUGUGAUGCUUGUUUUUAUAGAAAAUAUCUUCUGUUAUACUGUUUAAUGUAAAAAAAAUAAAUAAAUAAUAAUAAUAUCAGAAUAUAAAUAAA